GCAAACAGAGCCAUCCACUCUAUCCAUCCCUCCCUCCCUUGUCUUGAAGAAAUUAAAGGAAAUGGCCGCGCCGCCGCACGCGCUCGCGCGCGCGCUCUGCACCCGCGCCUCCGCAUCCGCCGCACCGGCCAGGUCUCAGGCGACUUCCCGCCGCGCGCUGCUCGGCCUUUCGGAGCCGGAGCUCCGGCAGCUCGCCCUCGACCUCGGCCAGCAAAGCUACAGGGGGAAGCAGCUGCACGACCUCCUCUACAAGUCCAGGACCAAGCAAAUCCAAGAAUUCAACUACGUGCCCAAGGUGUUCCGGGAGGCGUUGCUUGGCGCUGGGUGGAGCGUUGGCCGCUCGCCGGUGCACCAUGCCGUGACGGCCUCUGAUAGCACUACCAAGAUACUUCUCAAGUUGGAGGAUAACCGGUUGAUCGAGACAGUAGGGAUUCCUGUUGAUGAUGACAAAGGCUCGUCCAGACUCACUGCCUGUGUUUCAUCACAGGUCGGCUGCCCCUUGCGUUGUUCAUUUUGUGCCACGGGCAAGGGAGGGUUUGCAAGGAACCUUCAACCACAUGAAAUUGUUGAGCAGGUAUUGGCCAUAGAGGAGAAGUUCAAACACAGGGUGACAAAUGUAGUGUUCAUGGGGAUGGGUGAGCCCAUGUUGAACCUGAAGUCAGUUUUAGAAGCACACCGAUGCUUCAAUAAGGAACUAAAAAUUGGGCAAAGGAUGAUGACAAUCUCCACAGUAGGUGUUCCUAACACAAUAAAAAUGCUAGCAUCUCACAAGCUUCAGUCAACAUUGGCAGUGAGCCUGCACGCCCCAAAUCAGAAGCUGCGGGAGACAAUUGUUCCUAGUGCCAAGUCAUACCCCUUGGGAGCACUAAUGGAUGACUGCAAGAAUUACUUCCUCGAAACUGGACGCAGGGUAUCCUUUGAGUACACUCUGCUAGCCGGGAUUAAUGAUGAAAAGGACCAUGCCGAAGAACUUGCACAACUUCUUCGUACAUGUGGAGGUGGUUAUCACGUGAACCUAAUUCCCUAUAACCCAAUUGAAGGCUCUGAGUACAAGAGGCCCUAUAGAAAAGUGGUUCAAGCGUUUGUUGACGCAUUAGAAGCCCGAAAGAUAACCGUCAGCGUUCGACAGACCCGUGGGCUAGAUGCCAAUGCGGCUUGUGGUCAGCUAAGGAAUGAGUUCCAGAAGAAUCCACUGCUGGAGUCGUCACCUUCCGUGGAGCCCAGCCUGAUACCUGCUUAAUGAGACGAGUGCAGUGCGAGUUCAUUUCUGUUCCUGCCUCGCACCGACACCACACUGUAAAGCGGAUGGACUGUGAUGCAUCAUUCAUUUCAGGCGUGGGAUGUUGGGAUGGGAGAUUUCCGUUUAUUUGAGAUCAUAGGUAUUGUAACUAGUAAACUCAUAGGCAGCUAGAGAAUUUUGGAUUACCUAGAUGUUGUGCCAAAGACAAGGAAAAAAUCUGCUGGAUUACCCAUCGGAUGCCAUGAAUGACAACUCGCAAUUAUCAUGCU